GCCCCGCCGCCGAUCAUUUCGGCUCGCGAAAAUCCUACGCGCUCCACGUCGCUCGCCGCGCACCCGGCACCGCACAGCCAGUAGCCUCAGCGGCACAGCGACGACCGACCUGUGGGCACGUUAUUAGCGGUUAUUAUUUUAUUUUUUUUCGUUUUUUAGUUUUCAAUGAAGCGCACGGGUUUUUAAUUUUUCGUUUUCGUUAUUGUUAUUAUUAUUAUUAUUAUUAUUAUUAUUGUUAUUAUUUUAAAAAUUCGCGAUUCAAAAAUAAUCGUCUCUCGCCCGGGUGUACCAGAGACGUCGUCGACGUGUGUCGCCGCCGCUCGUUCACGAAUAAUCCACUGCCACCGGUAUAUACACCUGGAAUAAAUCGCUCGACCGUUCCCGUCGCGCGACACGAGUAGGAAAAAUUCCAAAAGCCCGUCGUCGUCUGCGUGACGUUUUCGAUCGGUCUCCCGCGUCGCCGGCGGUUUGCGCGCGUCACACUUAACGGCAUGAAGCGACCACGGCGAUCGUGACUCGGCACGGCAGGGCGUCUCGCGAUUGUGUAAAUGGUGUUUGCGUCCAGGGUACUGUGAUAUGUUUGCUGUUGACACGUGGACGACGACGACGGAGGAGGUGGCUUGCCCGGGCCAGCAUGAGCAUGAGAUGCGGGCUACAGACACUGCUUGAGGCUGCCCGAUUCGUCGAGUUACAGGAAGAGUUCGAAAAACAACAGUUGGUCACCUUACACGCAGCCGAAGAGCCGUUGUUGAGUAACAAGGAUGCUGGUUACCAUCCUACUUCGGUAACAUUGCCCAGUUCCGAUCUACCGGCGUCGUUGAACCACAUCGAACCGCCGUCCACGCCACCGAGACAACAGCAACUGCUACAGCUACACCAGCAAGUCACCCCCGUCGCACUACAGCAGCAACACACACAACAGCUACACCAGCCACAGCAACAACUACAACAACCACCACAACAACAACUGCAACUACAACUACAUCAGCCGCUACAGCAACACCAAGCCGUAUAUAAGCCCACUGUUGCCGCCUGUACAGCCGUUGUAACCGUUAACAACAACAACAACAACAACAACACCACCACCACUGUCGCCCUAGUCAACAGCCACGACGAUAAUGUCGCCGCACUGUCUUUGGCGCAGGAACUCAAAAGACGCACAGGAUCUGGCACCAGAGAAGUGCACAACAAAUUGGAGAAGAACCGUCGUGCACACCUUAAAGAAUGUUUCGAGCUGCUCAAGAAACAAGUACCCGCGUCUCAAGACGAGAAAAAGACUUCGAACCUGAGUAUACUCAGGAGCGCAAUCCGGUAUAUUCAGGUGUUGAGGCGUCGAGAAAGAGAGCUGGAGCACGAGAUGGAAAGACUGGCCAGAGAAAAGAUUUGGGCUCAACAGAGGCACGCGUCUCUCAAGAAAGAACUAGCCGCCAAAUGGGAUCACAUCGAUUUCAGCAAGCUAUUGCCGGAUUUGCCGCCCGACGUGAUUACCAGGAAGGCCACUAUAGCCGCCACAAGUAUAAACGGAGAUUUCGAAACGGAAAGGGACGCUAGCAUGGUUACUAGCGACGCGGACGACAGCAAACUCAGUGCUCUGUACAGUAGUACAUCAUCGCUGUCCAGUUCCUCCCCGCCCACGCUGCCGUUCGUCUCCGACAUUAUUCCCCAUCAGGUGCAGGUCGUCAGCACGUCUCCGAUGAUGGGGAGUACAAUUCACAUAGUUCCUCAGACCAGAAACUCGUCCUCGUUACCACCGAACGCUUUGCAACAGCAAACCCUCACGUUUGUCCAUCACAAAGAUGCUCUCAAUCAACACGAUGGCGCUACUCAGGCAGUGUUGACCAAGGUGUCCAAUGGCUCGUUUACUUUGUACGGCGACCCAAAACUUACGCCCAAUCGUUCCAAAAUGUCUCUUGCAGGCAUAAAGAUUGGCACCAGUGUGAUCGAUCAUUCCAACAACACAGCGUCCGCACCAAUCAGACUGUUGCAGAAUAAUAUCAUAGCGGCACAAACGUCAGUUGUGAACAGAGGACAGCCAACUCCAAAUCAUGUCAUAACUCGGCCGUUACUCCUAACUCAUCACCAUGCUAAUUCUGCUCCAGCUCAUCUAGUACUAUCUACAGCUUCUUCUAAGGCAGUGACAAUUCCAAAUCAGCAAUUACCACCACUGUCAAAUGGCCAUCUUAUAGUCAAGCCGAGUGCGAUGGUGGUUAUGAACAGCUCACAGCCAAAAUCGCAUCAUUCCGGCCACAAAGCAUAGCAUUCACCGAUCCUUAUGUUAAAAGAUAUAAACUAUUGUACAAUAAUACUAAUUUUUUGGGGUUUUUGGUAAUAACAGCGUAUAAAAUAGUUUUAAUAACAGUUUAAAAAACAAAAAAAAAACACUAUUUGUACCAUGUAAUAUUUAUAUAGACUACGAUGAAAAUUAUUUUAUUAUAUUUAUUAUUUCAAAAACCUGACAUCUUUAAAAUCUAUUGUAAAUACUAUAGUUUUAAUUUUAUUUAUAAAAAUUUAAAAAAAAAUCACAUUAAAAAAUUAAUUAUCGUAAUUAAAUAUAUUUGUCAUAA